AUGGCAGCGGGAGGGGCGACGCUGGAGAGCCCGGCUGCGCCAGGACAUUGCCAGGACAUAGCCAGCGACAAUAGCGCCCAGCGCCUUACGCUUGCCACAAAGGUGCGGCGAAAAGGCCCGCGUCCACAGCGUCCCCAGCGGCGCCUGCACCCGCCCCUGAUCCCGCGUCUGCGCCAGAUCCUGCCGCUGCCGCACCUGCUCUGGCUGCUGUGCUGCUGCUCCUGGCUGGGCCAGAUGGGCCAGCUGCGAGCCGAGUGCCCGGCGGUGUGCGAGUGCAAGUGGAAGAGCGGCAAGGAGUCCGUCUUGUGCCUUAACGCCAACCUUACACAUAUCCCCCUGCCGCUGGACGCGGGCACCCAGCUGCUGGACCUCAGCGGCAACGAGAUCCAGUCGAUACCCGACGACAGCUUUGCGGCCGCCCAGCUGCUUAACCUGCAGAAGGUGUACCUGGCCAGGUGUCACCUGCGUCUCAUAGAGCGGCAUGCGUUCCGCAAGCUGAUCAACCUGGUGGAGCUCGAUCUCAGCCAGAACCAGCUGACGGCCAUACCCUCGCUGGCCCUCUAUCACGUCUCGGAGCUGAGGGAGCUGCGACUGAGCGGGAAUCCCAUUCUCCGUGUGCCGGACGAUGCCUUCGGCCAUGUGCCGCAACUGGUGAAGCUGGAGCUGAGCGACUGCCGGCUGUCGCACAUAGCAGUGCGCGCCUUUGCCGGGCUGGAGAGCAGCCUGGAGUGGCUGAAGCUGGACGGGAAUCGGCUGAGCGAGGUCAGGAGUGGCACCAUCACCUCGCUGGCCUCCCUGCACGGUCUGGAGCUGGCCCGCAAUGCGUGGAACUGCAGCUGUUCCCUGCGCCCACUGCGAGCCUGGAUGCUGCAGCAGAAUAUUCCCAGUGGCAUACCGCCCACCUGUGAGUCACCGCCACGACUCUCGGGCCGGGCUUGGGACAAGCUCGAUGUGGAUGACUUUGCCUGCGUGCCGCAGAUCGUGGCCACGGACACCACAGCCCACGGAGUGGAGGGCAGGAACAUCACCAUGAGCUGCUAUGUGGAGGGUCCCCAGCCGGCGGUUAAGUGGCUGCUAAAGAAUCGCCUCAUAGCUAACUUGAGUGCUGGAGGAGAUGGUGACUCCGAUUCAGAGCCCCGGACAGCGGCAGCCACGCAGGGCAGGAAGACCUACGUUGUCAAUAUGCUAAGGAAUGCCUCGAACCUGACCAUUCUCACGGCGGAUAUGCAGGAUGCUGGUAUCUACACAUGUGCCGCGGAGAACAAGGCCGGCAAAGUGGAGGCCAGUGUCACAUUGGCUGUGUCCCGAAGGCCACCGGAAGCGCCCUGGGGUGUAAGGAUUGUGCUCCUCGGAGCCAUUGCGGCCCUACUCCUGGUCGGCGGAUCCUCCUUUGCGGCCAUCUGCCUGUGUUCCCUGCAACGACGCCGGAAACUGCGACUCUGGAACUCGGUGCCACCGGUGCGACGGAGUGAGAGCUACGAGAAGAUCGAGAUGACCGCCAGGACGAGGCCAGACCUGGGCGGCGGGGCCAGCUGUGGAGGUGGCAGCGCCACGGGCGCUGGUCUCUUCCAGGAUGCCGAGGAGCAGGGCUACCUACGGGCGGCCCACACUCCGCUGAACGACAACGAUGCGGGUCAGGUGGCGGCCAUUGUGAAUCCGAGUGCGGGAAGUGCUCAGCGAAGGAACGGGGACUAUCUGCACGUGUCUACGCACUGCGACGACGAGGAGGAGGAGCAACAGCAUCAUCACUCAGUGCAGCAGCAGCAGCAGCUGCAGCUGCAGCAGGGCCAGCAUCCGCACCACCCACAUCCCAGCCAGCCGCAGCCGAGGAAAAGCUCCCAGGGACAUGUUGCCUCCGCAUCCGGAGCGAAUAACUCAGUGCCGCUGGAGGAAACGGAUCUGCACAUACCGCGCCUCAUCGACAUCGGCGGCACCGAUUCUGCGUCCAGUUCUAUAUCCAGCCAGGUGGAUGCCGCUGCUCGCCUAGCGGGCUAUGCGGGACACAGCUGGAAGACCACACCCAUUGCCACCACGAAGAUCAAUUCACCGCAUAGCAAGCCAGUCAAUUCGGCAACUUCGUCAUCUCUAAAUCCUGGCGGCUCCGCGUCGCCCUACUCGCACUAUGGCAACCAUCCAGCGGAUGAGAUGGCCACCUCGGUGUUCUGCAGCGAGGGCCAGGAGAGUGAUCUCUUCGACAGCAACUAUCCGGAUCUGCUGGACAUUGCCAAGUAUGCGGUGGCACAGGCUCAGCAACAGGGACAAGGCGCCGCUCCUACCCUGAACGGGGGAUUGUGCACUCUGCCACGAAAGCUGAAGACCAGCGGGAAGUACUUCCGCAACUCCUCGGACAGUCAGUCACCACUGCUGGCGGACAACUCGAGCAAGUAUGGGAGCAGCACGCUGGGCGAUGGCAGCUUCCUCAACGAGGCCAUGGGCCUGGGCAGGCGCUACUCGGCGGAGUCCAGCUAUGCGAACUACUCCAGCACGGCGACAUACACGGGCGGCGGUCAGAGGUCCAACAGUUUCCUCAAUCUGGUGCAGAGUGGCGCCCACAAAGGCAACCUGCUGCCGGGUCACAAGCUCGGACAAAAGCCCAGCUUGCCUUCGAGUCCCGUGCAGCAUCAGAGAUCCCUGUCCAGUGCGGCCACGCCCCUCUUGGAUUUCUCUGCCUUGGCAUCUCGAGCUGCCGGGGCAGCCAACUCCUCGGUGGCCGCCUAUGACUAUCAUGCCGCGCAGUUGGAACGCUUCCUCGAGGAGUACCGCAACCUGCAGGAUCAGCUGUGCAAGAUGAAGGAGACCUGUGACACCAUACGCAAAAAGGAGACACCUCUGCGUGUGGCCAUUGGCCAGUCAGCGGCCCAACUGGCCGAUCCCGUGAUGUACAGUGCAGCCUCGCACAGCCCAAAGCCUCCGCCGGCGACGAGUAAUCUCAAGGCAAAGACCCUGUUGCCAGGACAACCGCCAGAUCCGCCGCCCUAUUGGCUGCAUCGGAAUGCCAUGUUGAAGCGACUGAAUGGGGAUGGCGGAGGAGCAAAUGGAGCAGGUGGAUCACCCGCCUCUCCGCAGCCCGGUCAGGACAUCUUCAAGAGCUAAUCGAAAUCGUGUACAGCCGCAGGAUCAAAGGAUGCAGUGAAGGGAGAAGGAGGAAAUUCUCCUGACUUCGGCCAGCCGAAGAGGACAUGAGCUUGUCGGCAAAGGAAUUUAUUUAUACCCAAAAGGGAAGACUCCUGAGGAUUUAAAGUUGUUUCUACACAAAAAAUAUAUAGAUCAAGU